UUUAGGUCUGAUAUCAUUAAAGCAGUUUUUCAUAUACUUACUCCAAACCUUGAUGUAAUUGAGAUAUUUUAUAUAAUGAAAAUGCAUUAUAAUAUCAUUUUAUCUUCUAAUUUGCUUACUUAAUCAAUUCAUGAACCAAUAACUAAUUGGAUUCUAAAACAAACUUUGGGCGUUCAUUACCCAGUUAGAAACAUGGCGGCCGUGAAAAAGGAUAGUGAAGUUCAUAUUACAUAUGAGGACCAGCAGCAAAUCAACAAAUUUGCAAGAUUCAAUGCAAAACUACAAGACGUCAAGGAUGAAUUAAAUGCAAAGAAAAAAGAGUUGGUAAACCUGGAAGAUGCUGGGGAUGAGUUGAUGAUGCUUGAUGAUGACAGUGCUCUCAUUCCCUAUCAGAUAGGUGAAGUAUUUGUUGAAUCCUCAUUAGACGACACCAAUCAGAUGCUCGAAGAUGCCAAGGCGAAGACCAAUCAAGCCAUCAGUGAUCUUGAUAAGAAAGGGGACUCUUAUAGGAAAGUCUUGUCAGACUUGAAAGUCCAACUUUACGCAAAGUUUGGAAAUAACAUUAAUCUUGAACAGGAUGAAGAGUCCUAGUACUGUAACAUGCAGCUUUUGGGAGACUUCAGUAUUUAUACUUGAAAUACACAAGAAAUGAUUCAGUGUAUGUGUGGAACUUGGGAUCUCGUAAAAUCUGGAUUACUCAAUUUAGUAAUUAUCGAUUCCACCUUGUGAGUUAUCACUUGAGUUUAUUUAGUGGACAUGUCCACUUCUGGAUCUAGGAUUCUAAUUGAUAUCUGAUCUUCAUCUAAGUAAUUAAAAACAGGCUUGACAUCUGACAUUUUCACAUUGAAAACUUUUGUAUGGUACUAUACAUUGCUUCAAUUUGCUUGUGAAAAUGUCCAAUGUUCAACUGUAAAAAAUACUCUCAAUAUCUCAAGUUAACAGUUCCUUUUGCUACCAUGGUGAUUUCAACUUUCCAGAGAAAUCACUAUUCACCAAGGAUUCUUAAAGCUUUUAUCAAAUACUAGUACAUGAACUGUAUUAAGAUUUCUCAGUUUGUAUUCAUUUUGUACUUUUGUGAUAUGGAAAUCUAUUGCAUGAUAAUUUUUUUGUACAUGUCAUAUGUAUUGACUAAAUAUAUGAAAUAAAAAGAAAAUAAAUGUGUGUAUUGUUUUAUCCUCAAACUUGAACUGACAGGACUGAAGGCGCUGUGUUAAAUUUAUACUGUAGCCCG